AUGGCGUGUACCCUGCACCUCCCAGAUCUUCCCAGCAGCCCGCUGGCAAUGGAAUAUGUGAAUGACUUUGACCUCAUGAAGUUUGAUAUUAAGAGAGAGCCUUUAGAAAACAGGGAUCCCGCCACUAAUCACCUGUACCAGGCCUCUGCUUGUGUGCCAACUGGGGAUUCCUUGACAUCAACACCUUGUAGCUCGGUGCCUCAGUCACCAAGUUUCAAUGAUCCUUCUGGCUUUGCUGGUGUGGAUCCAAAGGCUUCGUUGGAAGAUGUCUAUUGGAUGGCGACUUUGCAGCAGCAGAUGGGUCAUGACAGCAUCGGGAUGAGCGCCGAGGAUGCAGUUGAGGUUUUAAUCAACACAGCACAGCUUCAGGGCCUCGAGUCCAGUUUCAGAAGUGGAGUGUUUGGCCGUACUCCACAGCACCACCAUAGCCAUCAGUCUACCGGAGGACCUUCACCGAACCAAAGCUUCACGUUGACAGCUGAAGAACUGGAUAGCCAGCAACACAGUCAGAUGGUCACACCUGAUUUGCGACUGGAAGAGCAGUUUUCAGAUGAGCAGUUAGUAAGCAUGUCUGUCCGGGAGCUAAAUCGCCAUUUGAGGGGCUUCAGCAAGGACGAGAUUGUCAGGAUGAAACAGAAACGUCGAACUCUGAAGAACCGUGGCUAUGCGCAGUCCUGCCGCUUUAAACGUGUUCAACAAAAGCAGGUCCUGGAGGCAGAAAAGAGCCACUUAGCACAACAGAUGGAACAGCUACAAUGUGAGCUAACUCGGAUUCUACAAGAACGAGAUGCCUACAAGUCCCGCUAUGAGAAACUCCUGACCAAAAGCUUUGAAGACAGAGAGAGACCCCUGCUUGUUCCAUGCCUAGAAUCUCACCAGCCCCAUCCCAGGAAUUCAUUUGCUGAGGAGCUUUGAUAGGAUAUGCGGAUUGAUGGCACCAGUCGAGUGUCAUGGAAU